CAAACUGCAUCAUAUCAAUCAUCGUUCGAUUGCGUUUUGCUAGCCUUGGUUCGCUGUACACCACACCGUUCGUCCACGUCCCUGCGCAUAAAAUCCCGUCCAGCAGCUCGGUUUCCGUCCUCCCACAAUCCUCGACAACUCACAAUGUCUAAGCAGGAACCUCAAGUCGUGUCAAUCACCGAUCUCCCUCUGGAGAAAGCAAAAUGGGUCACCCUCAAGAAGAUCGACUUUAUCGACCAGACAGGCACACCUCGGACUUGGGAGGUUGCCAUCCGUAAGACCACCUCGAAAUCCGGCGUCGAUGCGGUCGCCAUGGGAACUAUCUUCGUACACCCUUCAAAACCUCCCAGUACCAUGCUGGUUAUACAAUAUCGUCCCCCAGUUGGCAAGUACACUAUCGAAUGGCCUGCGGGCCUGAUCGAUGCAGACGAGACGCCUGAGGAAGCUGCGGUCAGGGAGAUGAAAGAAGAGACAGGAUAUGAAGGGCGAAUACUCGAAAGUGGGCCCGUUGUAUCAAGUGACCCAGGUUUGACCAAUGCAACUCUCAAGCUGGUCAUGGUUGAGGUUAAGCUCCCGGAGGGUGAGGAGAACAUCAUGCCGGAUCAGAAAUUGGAUGAUGGCGAGCUGAUCGAGAGGGUCAUGGUGCCUUUGAGCGAAUUGUACGAUCGUCUGAUUCAGUGGAGCAAGGAGGAUAAGUACAUGAUCGCUGGGAAACUCUUUUAUUUCGCUGCAGGUAUGCACUUUGCGAAGAACAGCGGAUAUGUGUGAUCUCUGGGUGGUCAUGGUCCUUAAGCUCCUUGAAGCUAUUCAGCGCGGGCUUCAUGCCUGGUGACAAGCACGAAGACUCAGUUAUCACACACUGCUAGCGAGACAACAUCUGGCAAUCAAGGUCGCCUCCAGAUCUGCUGCUAGUUUGCAGGAGGGGAUUUCCGAGAAUGAUGGUAUCACUGAGGAAGUCAUACUG